GAUCUUCAUCUUCACUCACUCGGCGCGCGGAUCAUGGCUCGGUUCGGUGUGGUGCUGCUGUUUCUGUCGGUGUUCUCUCAGCUUCACCGUGGAUCGCAGCACGAAGCAGGUGCGCAGCGCGCGCGGACGCGAUGGACGAAUAACGGGCGCGCGUACCAGCUGGUGAGCCCGGGGUCCCGGUACGUGCCUCCGGGGCGAAGAGAGGCGAACCGAGCAGAAUCCGCGCCGGUGACCGUGAUCACAGACCGACAGAACACCAGCGCGGACUCUACUGACCGGAUGGUGUCCGAUGACCCCUACGAUCCCUACAAAUCCGUCAGGAACGGUCCCUAUAGUCCACACUACAACUACUACGACUCGUACUACAGACCCAGACCGAGAAGCGCGCUGAGGCACCACGGAUACGGAACCAGAUACUUCCAGAACGGUCUCCCGGAUCUGGUGGUGGACCCCUACAUGAUCCAGGUGUCCACGUAUGUCCAGAGAGCGCCCAUGUACAGCCUCCGGUGCGCGGCCGAGGAGAACUGUCUGGCCAGUUCUGCUGCAAACGCUCGAGAUUACGACACCAGGGUUCUGCUGAGGUUCCCCCAGCGCGUGAAGAACCAGGGAACCGCAGACUUUCUUCCCAACAGACCCAGACACACCUGGGAAUGGCACAGCUGUCACAAUCACUAUCACAGCAUGAAUGAGUUCUGUCAUUACGACCUGCUGGACUCCAGCACACAGCAGCGCGUCGCCGAGGGUCAUAAAGCCAGCUUCUGUCUGGAGGACACGUCCUGUGACCCUGGACACUACCGCCGCUACGCUUGCACGUCUCACACACAGGGUUUGAGUCCCGGAUGUUACGACACCUACAGCGCAGACAUCGACUGUCAGUGGAUCGAUAUCACAGACGUCCAGCCGGGACGCUACACGCUGAAGAUUACAGUCAACCCAGGCUUCCAUGUGUCAGAGUCAGACUUCAGUAAUAAUGUAGUUCGCUGUGACAUUCACUACACCGGAAACUACGCGCACGUGUCCGGCUGCAGCGUGACAUCGUAA